AUGUUUUAUACGGCUCAAUAUGAUCAACAAAUUUCAAAUGAAAAUGAAUUCGUUUCAAUCAAUCAAGAAAAUGAUAAUACAACAAGAAUAUAUCGUACAACAACAACAAUCAAAACUAAUAAACAAUUACCAGAAAAAGCAAUUCGUUUAAUGAAUGCUUGGUAUUUAGCACAUGAAGAUAAUCCAUAUCCAAAUCGUAAUGAUUUAGAUUAUUUAUCAACAAAUGGUGGUAUUAAAGAAUCUCAAGUAAAAGCUUGGUUUUCAAAUAAACGUAAUCGAACACAAAAUACACAUCCAAAACGUGCUAAACGUUAUUUUAUACGAAAUCAAAUACAACAAAAUUCAAAUUUAUUAAAUGAACCUGAAAAAAUUCAUAUUUCAGAUGAACUUGAACAACAUAUACAAUUAUUACAACAACCAAUAAAUUCUCAAACAUUACCAUCAUAUUCUACAAAUUUAUCUUGUUUACCAUCACAUUCUAAUGAUUAUUAUUAUCAUCCAUAUUAUUAUUCUAAUCAAUAA